AAUCAAGCAAGUGUGGCUGAAAAACUGUUUGAGAAUCGCUCUUAACGCCACAAAUUCAUUCACUUUCCACAUGGUGGACCGUGCACAAGAGCUGUCGCGUUUACGUUGACGCCUGGAUUACCAUCAUCAGAACCACAACCUGGAAUAGUUGCCCCAUCGGCUUUCCACAUCCGUCACUGCCACAUCUAUCACAUCACCUUCACGACAUCACUGGGAUUCGAGACAACUCGGCAUUCCACUUACGAAAUUAGACGCAACCAUCGAAAUAGCUAAGCUAGAGGUUCUUUUGAAUCUGCUGCUCUUGUUUCCAGCGCCAGGACCUCUUCCCACAAGGCGCAUCAGCGCACCCAACACCAUCCAAGAUGGGUCAAAACCAGUCCGGUAUGGGCGGUGGCCAAGAUGGCAAAGAUGACAAGGACAAGAAGAAGGAUAAGCCCAAGUACGAACCCCCUCCACGUCCUACGACCCGAGUCGGCCGCAAGAAGAGAAGAGGAGGCGGUACUAGCGCUGCUGCCAAGCUCCCCGCCAUUUACCCGACGAGUCGAUGCAAGCUGAGAUUGCUACGAAUGCAGCGCACACACGAUCACCUGCUGUUAGAAGAGGAGUUUGUCGAAAACCAAGAACGCCUACGACGGGUCAAGGCCGCCAAGGACAGCAAUGCUCCCGCAUCUGACCUUGACGCCGGUGACCGCAUGGCCGACGAGCGUGGCCGUGUCGACGACAUGCGAGGCAGCCCAAUGGGAGUUGGUACCCUGGAGGAGAUGAUCGACGACGACCAUGCUAUUGUUUCAAGCACUACGGGUCCAGAGUACUAUGUCAGCAUCAUGAGCUUUGUCGACAAGGACCUUCUCGAGCCCGGCGCCAGCGUACUACUGCACCACAAGAGCGUCAGUAUUGUUGGUGUUCUGACCGAUGACGCUGACCCCUUGGUCAGUGUGAUGAAGUUGGACAAGGCGCCAACCGAGUCUUAUGCCGAUAUCGGUGGUUUGGAGCAACAGAUCCAGGAAGUCCGGGAGUCAGUCGAGCUGCCUCUGCUACAUCCGGAACUCUACGAGGAGAUGGGUAUCAAGCCACCCAAGGGUGUCAUUCUUUACGGAGCUCCCGGUACAGGAAAAACACUCUUGGCAAAGGCGGUGGCGAACCAGACUUCGGCCACUUUCCUGCGCAUUGUCGGUAGUGAGCUGAUCCAGAAGUAUCUCGGCGAUGGACCUCGGUUGGUGCGGCAGUUGUUCCAGGUUGCCGCUGAAAACGCCCCCUCCAUUGUGUUCAUCGACGAAAUUGAUGCUAUUGGCACCAAGAGAUACGACUCGACAUCCGGAGGUGAGCGUGAGGUACAACGUACCAUGUUGGAGCUGCUCAACCAACUUGACGGUUUCGACGACCGCGGUGACGUAAAGGUCAUUAUGGCCACCAACAAGAUUGAGACGCUCGACCCGGCCCUGAUCAGACCCGGCCGUAUCGACAGAAAGAUCUUGUUCGAGAACCCUGACCAGAACACCAAGCGCAAGAUCUUUACCCUGCACACCUCCAAGAUGUCUCUCAACGAGGAUGUCGACCUGGAAGAGUUCAUUGCGCAGAAGGAUGACCUGUCUGGUGCCGACAUCAAGGCCAUCUGCUCUGAGGCUGGUCUGAUGGCGUUGCGGGAGAGGAGAAUGCGUGUCCAGAUGGCCGACUUCCGCGCUGCCAGGGAGAGGGUUCUGCGUACCAAGCAAGAGGGCGAGCCCGAGGGACUUUACCUGUAAUUGUACCAGAAAUACUUGGGAUUUGACAUGCCGUUGGGAACCUGUAUUUUUUGGCUGGAAAGGUGGAGUGGAUAGUGGUUUCAUAGAGAAGCAAGUUAUAGACGAUAAAUCCAACGCAACUUCUGCUCUCCAGGGACGGCAG